AUGCCAUUUAUACAGCGGUGUUUAUAUCCCAUCAGCGUUAGUGGGGUAGAGGUGGGAGAUGGCAUUAAAAAUGAGUUGGAAUGCGUGACCAAUCACACGCUUAGUAACAUAAUUCUACAGCUCAGCAGUCUCAACAAGCAUGCGGAGGACAUGUUUACUGAACUGUCACAGGAAGUGCAGACGUUCAGGGAGCGUGCACGGCAACUCCUGGGUAGAAUAGACCAUCUACAGGAGAAGGUCACCAGACUGAAUCCUGAUGGAGAACAUGUUUCCAUCAACAAUGUAGCCAAGAGGACACCAUACAAGAGCUCUACCCGACUUGACCAGCAAGUCGUAUCUAGAUGUACAGUACCACAAUGUGUACUUAAAGCUUACAGUCAGUGUGAAGCUAAACCUGCAUUGGAAAAACUUAACCAAUACAGAGCUGAUGGACGCGACUGUUUGAAGUUUUACACCAAUCCGAAUUUUUUCAUCGAGUUGUGGCUCAUGGAGAUCCAGAGAGAUAUCAGGAUAAAAGAAAAAGAAAAGGAAUCAAGGGCUAAAAAAGAGAAGAGAACAAAGAAAGAUAGUCAUCGAAAGAGAACACCUCGAUAUCUUCCAAGUAUAGUACAGAAAUAUGAGCAUAGAAAACAUGGAGUGGAGUUUUCAUCCAAUUAUUCUGGUUCCGUUAAAGCAAAUGCAUUUAACAACCAACCUAGGCCAAGUCAUUUGGAUGUGUAUGAAAGAAAGCCAGAUAAUAAAUGCAAUGACCAUAGGGGUCAACAACCUCAUCAUACUGAACCCCAGUAUUCCCAUGAUGUACCCAAACAAUCUAAAAUUCACAUUGAGAAAAAUAAUAAUGCUGGGUUAACUGAAACUCAACACCCUCUUAUUAUUCAAAGUAAGAUCUCAAAUCUUCAAAAGCAAAUUUCAAAGACUAUGUCACUUCGAGCUACAGCAAGGCCAAGUCAGCCCCCUCCACCACCCCCUCCGACAUAUAAGCUACUUCCUGACACUUCAGCAUUUCAACGACAGUCUCCUACUUUACAAGAUUUAUCGCCUUCAACCCUGCCACCCCUUCUUUAUACAAAUGAAAAUUUACCCCUUCCCCCUCCCCCACCACCACCAUUUAUGGACGAAGAGGAGCCAAUGCCUCCCCCGCCCCCACCUCCACCAUAUAUGGAACAAAUGAUUGCACCUCCUCCACCCCCACCAUUACCACCGCUAAUGGGAAAAUCUAAAAAUGAGUUUGAUGAUGAAAAAUCUUCGAACUGGGUUACUUCCUUAAAGAGUCUUCUUUCUGCUUCUCGUAAGCUGAAACCAACUCCAAAGCAACAACCUAAAGAUGACAAUAGAAGUAAACUGUUACAAGAGAUCAAAGAAUUUGGCCAAGGAAAAUUACGUCCGGUAAAAAAGCCAUGGGAGGAAAAAAUAGAAGAGAAGCCUAUACCUGCUGCAAACAUUGAUGUACAUGCCCUUAUGGAAAAGAUGCUGAGCAUAAGUGAAAUGAUACCAAGUGAUGUGGAAGAUGAGGAGAAUAGUUCCGAUGAUGAUGAUUGGAAUUGA